AAUAUAUGAGGUGGACUUCUCGGCGUACUCGUUCUGCACGUUGAGCAGUUCAACACCAUCAGCACUUUACCUGAAAACACCCCAUUCCCAUGAUGCAAGCGGAAACAAUAUCGCCACCAGCGACAAUGCGUGUGUGGAGAUACUCAUCCACCGAUGGCGGCCUGGAGAACAAUAUCAAACUCCACUUGGACGCACCUCUCCCGAAAGCCACCAAGGACGGGCAUCUCAUCCAGGUCCUCGCCGUGAGUCUCAACCCGGUUGACUACAAGCCUACUGAAGCCUUCAUCGGCAGAUUCGUGGUCAAGAAGCCAGCGACUCCAGGCUUUGAUAUAGCCGGCCGCAUCUUCACUCCGGCCACCAAUUCACGAGACUUCAAAGCUGGUGAUCUCGUGUUCGGCGCUGCCAGCACCAAUCCUCUUGCCGGAGGAGCCAUCGCGGAGUACAUUGUUGCUCCCGCCUCGCGUAUUGUCCAUCUACCGUCCGGCAUCUCGCCGAUUGAAGCUGCUGGCAUUCCCGUUGCCGCGGUCACCGCUCAUGAUGCUCUCAUCCCAUACAUCACCUCAGGUAGCCGCGUAUUCAUCAACGGAGGCAGCGGAGGCGUCGGCACCUUCGCCAUCCAGCUUGCCAAACUCCUCGGCGCGCACGUCACAGUCUCCUGCUCAACCCGCAAUGUUGCCCUCUGCCGCUCGCUCGGCGCCGACAACGUGCUCGAUUACACUACUGGUCCACUUCUCGCGCAACUGAAAGCUGCCGAGAAGCCUUUUGAUCAUGUCGUGGACAAUGUGUUCAGCGAUCCGGAGUUGUACUUCCAAAUGCACAAGUACACGACGCCGAAGGCGGUCUUUGCCGAGGUCGCAAGUGGACCAACGCUGUCGUUUGCAAAGUUUGCAGCUGGGGCAUUGCUGGUGCCGAAAGUUUUGGGAGGCGGACGAAGGAAGUUUGUGGUAAUCGCAGCGGACUUGAAGGCCGAAACCUUGAAGGAGCUGGCCCAAUGGGUGGCUGAGCAGAAAGUCAAGGUUGUGGUUGACCAGGUCUUUGGGAUGGAGGAGGUCGUAGCGGCGUACCAGAAGCAGAAGACGGGAAGGGUGGUGGGAAAGCUUGUUGUUGAUGUGGCUGGUGAAGCAGGGAGACCGACGAAGCAGUGA